AUGGAAGAAAGAGCAACUCAAAAUAACACUUUUAUACCAGCUCAAUCAUUCCAACCAAAGCCAUGGAAACAUCAAAGGUCACACCCCCUGGAUAAAAUUAUAAGUGACCUAAGUAAGGGAACUCAGACGAGAUCCCAACUGAGAAAAUUUUGUGCAUUCAACGCCUUCCUAUCAACACUGGAACCUCUAAAUCACAAAGAAGCCUUGGAAGAUGCUGAUUGGAUUGUUGCCAUGCAAGAGGAAUUACAUGAAUUCGAAAGAAACAAAGUGUGGCACCUUGAACCUAAACCAAAGAAUCAAAAGGUUAUUGGUCUCAAAUGGGUAUACAGGAAUAAGCUAGAUGAACAUGGCACAAUUGUAAGGAACAAGGCAAGAUUGGUUGUUAAAGGCUACAAUCAGCAGGAAGGUAUCGAUUUUGAGGAGACUUUCGCUCCUGAAGACGUCUAUGUUGAACAACCACCUGGAUUUGAGGAUCCAAACUUUCCUAACCAUGUUUUUAAGCUUGAUAAAGCACUGUCUUUGUGCAAGAUUUCAAUCGGAUCCAAAGGAAUCGCAUCUAACAGCCGUCAAAAGGAUUCUACGAUACUUAAAAGGGACGGAAGACUUGUGUCUGUUCUAUCCAAAAGUGACUCGUUUGACCUAAGAGGAUAUGCUGAUGCUGACUAUGCAGGAGAUUUAGUAAAUCGUAAAAGCACGUCAGGUAUGGUCCAAUUCUUAGGCUCUUGCAUGGUUUCUUGGAGUUCCAAGAAACAAAACACUGUUGCUCUAUCCACUGUCGAAGCAGAAUAUGUGGCUGCUGCUGCAUGUUGCUCUCAAUUGCUAUGGAUAAAACAACAGUUGCGUGACUAUGGCAUUAUUUUAGAGUGCGUUCCUAUUCAUUGUGAUAACACAAGUGCCAUUUGCAUCUUUAAAGAUCCAGUACAACACUCUAAAGUUAAGCAUAUACAUCCUUUAAGCAGAGACAAGUUUGAAAAGAUGCGUGUGGAAUUGGGGAUGCUACGGCUCAAGUGA